AUGCCCUACUCCGCCCUCCUCCACCACCUCGACACAACCCUCACCUCCCUCACCUCCCAUGGGACCCCCCCGGACGAAACAACCCGCAGACACCUCCUCUCGCGCAUCGAGACGCUGCAAGAGAAACUCCAAAACCCGAUGGAGUUCACCAUGCGGACCGUCUUCGGGAGCCACCGCGCCAUGCUCCUGCGACUCGCAGUCGACAUGAAACUCUUCGACGCCAUCGCGGAACUCGGAGGCGUGGCUACUACGGCGCAGAUGGCGAAGAGGGUGGAUGCGGAUGGGGUGCUUGUUGCCCGGGUUGCACGCUUCUUGGCUGUUAUGGGCGUGUUGCGGAAUCCGGAGAAGGGUGUCUAUCAUGCGACCGAGCUGUCGGAUGCGUUGAGGAGUUCCUCGCCGCUGGCUGCGGGGGUGGUGCAUGGAACCCUAUUCCUCCGCAUAAUGACCCACCUGCCCACCUACUUCCAACAAACCGGCUACGUGAACCCCAGCGACGCAUACAGCAGCCCCUUCCAGCACGCCUUCCAAACCCAGGAGCACUUCUUCACCUGGCUGUCCCAGAACCCAAUCUACCAAACGGCCUUCAACACCGUCAUGAGCCUCGACCUGCGCCGAGGCAGCACACCCUGGUAUACCCUCUUCCCCGCCGCCCAAAGCCUCACCAUAUCAGACCCCUCCCGCGCCCUGAUCGUCGAUAUCGGGGGUGGCCAGGGAGCAGACCUCCUCUCCUUCCGGGACCAAUAUCCCGAUAUGCCUGGUCGGGUUAUCUUGCAGGAUCUUCCAUCCGUGGUUUCCGACCUUCAUACCCAAGCCCACGCCCAAACGCAGGAUAAACUAUCGACAGCAGGAAUCGAAAUCCAAGAAUACGACUUCUUCACGCCGCAGCCCGUGAACGGCGCAAAAGCCUAUUUCCUGCGCACGGUGCUGCAUGAUUGGCCUGAUAAACAGGCAGCGGUUAUUCUGGGGAGGGUGAGGGAUGCGAUGGUGGAGGAUUCGGUGUUGUUGGUUAAUGAGGUGGUUUUGCCCGAGGGGGGUGAGGGGGAGAGUGAGGGGGAGGAGAAGGUGGAUGCGAGGGCGGUUCAGACGGAUUUGGUCAUGAUGUGUGGGUUUGCGGGGAUGGAGAGGACGGUGGGGCAGUUUGGGGAGUUGUUCGGGGGAGUGGGCUUGGAGUUGGUGCGGGUUUGGGGGGAGGAUCCAGGGAAGGGAGGGGCGGUGGUGUUGGAGGUGAGGGUUAAGAGGUGUGCAUCAUGA